ACUAAACCCCACCCCCUAAAAUUAGCUUAAUAAUUGGGUUCCAAUUAGAAAAUUAAGCCCUAAUUUAAACCCAUACAAAUUCAAUUCAUUAUCAUAGUUGCCUCUCGCUAUUAAUUAAUUGAAAAUUCAUUGGGCGAUUUUUUAUAUUUUAGUUCGAGAUAAAUCAUGUAUUCAUCUAGAGAAAAUAACAAUAAGGCGUACGGACAACCUUCAAAACCACAAUUAUACUCUCCGUCACGACAUGCAGCAGCGCUGUUAGGCGGGCACUCAUCUGCUGGAGCUCAUGGUAGUCAAUAUACUUUGGCGUAUGGUUCAUCGGCAUUCAAUAGUGCCUUACAGGUCCCAGCAACAAGCGUUAAAGGAGCCGGAUCAUCUGUUUUGGAAGGUCGAAGUGGAUAUGACUCAACCAUGCAAGACUCUCCAAAAUAUGCCUCCAGGGACUACGCUGCAGCUACCCAAAAGUAUGGCCAGAAAGGAGAAAAGCUAUACCCUGAUAAGCUGAAUGACUACCUCUUGGAGGAUAGACUCCCAUAUGCUGAACGACUCACUUCAUAUUCUGGAAGAGAUUUACAAAAUGAGGCAGCUCCUCGUUUUGCUGACUCAAUUGCUUUUGGUCGUCAACGUCAGACGGAUAUUUAUGAUCGUUACGAUGCAGCAACAGUGCUUCGGAAAGAUUUGCUACUUACCCAAUCACUUCAGCCUGCUUCUGUAGAUGGGGGUCCUAGACAAGCUGAUUUCCUAUCUGCAAGAGCAGCAACUGUUCGUCAUGCGGGUCAAGAACUUUUGCCUUAUGGUGGGAGAAUGGAUGCUGAUUUUCAGACUUUAUCAAGGAUAAGUGGAACCCAACAUGCUCCAUCAAUUCUAUGCGCUCCAGGGCUAGAUGUUGAAGAUCUCGUUUAUUCUCAUAGUUCUGCGAAUCCUGGUUAUGGAGUUAGCCUACCUCCUGGCAGGGCUUAUUCUUCAGGAAAGGCUCUUCAUGGCACAUCUCUUGACUCAGAUUAUCCAGGUGGCAUUUUGACACGCGGUAGUUAUGCAAGGUUUGGUGAUAAGGCUGAUGUGCCAUCUGCUAUGGAAGUUGAACGAAGAGAGGAAGAUCUUCGUUUUGAGAUUUUACGAGAGAGGGAACAAGAACGUGCCCGGGAGCGUGACAGAGAACGGGAGCGGGAGCGACAACGGGAUCGAGAAAGAGAACAUGAAUGGGAACGAGAACGGGAGCGAGAACGGGAGCGUAGGAGGGAACGGGAAAGAGAACGGGAACGGCAAGUGAAGGAUAAAGAUAGGGAGCUGAAACGUGCUCCUGAAGUUAGACUUGAAAGAACUCCUCCUAGAAGCUCCAGGGACCGAGGUCGUUCGUCAUCAGCAAUGGCUAGGAGGUCUUUAAGGCUGGAAUCACCACUUAUUGAAGCUUCACAUAGGCGUCCUUCACGUGUUAAAGAAAAACGAAGAGAAUAUGUCUGCAAGGUCUAUUCAUCCAAUGUAGCGGAUAUUGAGAGGGAUUAUUUGUCCAUGGAUAAACGGUAUCCUAGGUUAUACGUAUCUCCAGAAUGUUCAAAGGUGGUUGUAAAUUGGUCAAGGGAAAACCUUAACGUUCCUUUCAAUACUCCUAUCAGUUUCGAACAUGAUUUUGUGUUGGAGGAGAAGUCAACUGAACAUGUGUCAGCAUCCACUAAAGCACUGGCUGAUGCUCAUGUAAGGUUGGAGACCGGAACUACUCGGUGGAAUGCAAAGAUGCUUUUAAUGAGUGGCCUUAGUCAUAAUGCUUGGGAGGAACUGUCAUCUGAAAGAAAUUAUGAGGACCGCAUUCCUCAUCUUUGCAAUAUGCUUAGGUUUGCAUUUCUUAAAGAUGGUAAUUCUAUUAUGGCAAUUGGAGGUUCAUGGGACACUGUUGAUGGCAACGAUCCCUCUGUAGAUAAAUCUGCUUUAGUUCAAACUCUUUUGAGGUAUUCCAAGGAGUUCACAAGCCUUGACUUUAAGAACUGUCGACAUUGGAAUCCAUUUCUUGAGUUUCACUAUGACAGAGUAGGGAAGGAUGGACUUUUUAGCCACAAGGAAGUCACUGUCCUCUACAUCCCUGAUUUAUCGGACUGCUUGCCUUCAAUAGAUGCUUGGAGAGCUCAGUGGUAUGCCCACAAGAAGUCUAUUGAAGAGCGAGAACGGCUUCAUGCUCUUAAAAGAGAGAAAUUGCGUGAAAAGGAAGAUCUGAAAGAAAAAGAGGCGGGAACAACCAAAAUAUUGAAAAAGGUUGAGAAAACAGAAAAGAAGAAAGAAACUGGAUCAACAUCAGAAGUUAAUGACAAAGAAAAAGCUGGCAUUGAAAGUAAAGCUAAAGAAGUUGGAAAAGGAAAAGCUGGCACCAAAGAUAGAGCAAAAGAAGCUGGAAAAGAGGAGGGCAAUAUCCUAAAUGAGAAGAAAGCUGGGCUUGAGACAGUUGAUGAAGGCAAUAGUUCAGGGAAAAAGACUCAGAAAGAGGUUAGUUCACCUGGUAGUGGAAAGAAGAUUACAAAGAAAGUUACUAAAAAGAAGGUUGCUCAUGAAGACGUGGCCGAAAAUGCACCUAAACAUAAUGAUACGAGGGAUUCGAAGAACGUAGAAAAAGCUGGUGCAACAAGCUCAGAUGUUAUUGGUGAAGGUACUGUGCAAUCUGUUACCCCUUCAACUUUUAAGACUUCUACCACAAAGAAAGUUGCCAAAGAGUCCAUGCUUGUUAAAACCGUUGAGAAGGACAAUGUAAUUAAGGAAUUCGAGUGUUCUGGGGAUAAACCAAAAAAUAAAGAGGGGGCUGGUGCAACCAUGAAAACUGCCAUUAAGAAGAAAAUAAUUAAACGGGUUGCUAAGAAAAAGGUAGCUUCUGAGGAUGCCAAUGAUAAAAAUAAAGUGGGUACAGAAAACAAAGAGGGGGCGGCUAUUGUGGAAGAAAAUUUAGCCUCAGGAGAUCAAGAAAGUGAAGUGAAAUUAGAUACCAAUCAAUCAGUCUUUGAGCAGCAAAAGGUUAUGGGUGGUUCAAGUGAAAUUAGAAAUAAAGGCGGGAACAAUCAAGUGGCUGAUGAAAAGAAAACUGCUAAAAAGAAGAUCGAGAAUGAAGACAAUAAUGUCAAAUCAAAGGAUGGGAUAGAGAAAAAAGUCGAGGAUGGUAAAGCUGAAUCAAGGGUUAAAAGGGUGAAAGAUAAGAAAAAGGUUGAGGAGCCUCCUAGGCAUCCGGGGUUGAUUCUGAAGACAAAAGGGGGCAGGAGUACUAAACAGUUGCGUUCAUUGUCACUUUCACUGGAUUCACUCUUGGAUUAUAGUGAUAAAGAUAUUGAAGAAUCAACAUUCGAGCUCUCUAUAUUUGCUGAAACGUUUUACGAAAUGCUUCAAUAUCAAAUGGGUUCUCGGAUAUUAAUGUUUCUCCAGAAAUUACGGAUCAAGUUUGUGGCUAAGAGGAACCAAAAGAAGAGGCAGAGGGAAGAAAAGUCUGACAAUAAAAAGGAGAAAUCAUCAUCUGCUAAAAAGUCCCCUAAGCGUCAAAAGACAGAAGACGUCACUGCGGAAAGGAAAUCAGUUAAAACUGAAACCGUACAUGAGGGCUCCUUAGUGGAUGAAGAAACUGUUCGUAAGGAAGAAAGCAUGCUUAUUGACAAUGUGGAAAUAAAACCAGAAGAUGAAUCAAAACCGGAGGAAGAGCCGGACGAGGAUCCUGAAGGAGAACCAGAGGAGGAUCCUGAAGAAGAAGAACCAGUAGAGGAUCCUGAGGAAGAACUAGAAGAAGAUCCUGAGGAAGAACUGGAAGAGGAUCCUGAAGAAGAUCCUGAAGAGAUUCCUGAUGAAGAUGAAGUCAUGGCAGAUGCAAACCCCAAAAAUGAUGCAAAUAAUGAUGAGAAAGCUGAGGCUGACAAAGUUAACUUAGAUGUGAAGUCUAUAAACGUGGAAGGGAAAGUGAAAGAUGAACAAGAAGAUAAGGCUAAAGUAACUGCAGGUGUAGAUGCCAAGUCGGAGGCUGAGAAUAAGAAAGGCACGAAGAUGGACAUAAAGAAGAAAGAAAAGGAAACUCCAAUAAUUGUGAAUGUUAAAGUCAAAGAUGAACAAAAGGAUAGUGCGAAAACAACUGUGACUAUGGACACCAAGUCAGACGCUGGGAAAAAGGAAGACACCAAGGUCAUAAAGGGGAAGAAAGCAAAAGAAACUCCGGUUAGCAUAAAUAAGGAACUUCUACAGGCUUUCAGGUUUUUUGACCGAAACCGAGUGGGCUACAUCAGGGUUGAAGAUUUACGGUUGAUCCUGCAUGCAUUGGGAAACUCCAUUUCUCACAGGGAUGUCAAGGAACUUGUACAAAGUGCAUUGUUGGAGAGCAACACUGGAAGGGAUGAUCGUAUACUUUACAAUAAGCUGGUGAAAAUGACUCGCGUCUAAAAUAUAAGUGUGGCAAUUUUUAGCAAUUACUGUGUUUGUGAACAUUCCUGAAUUAGACUUUGUAUUUAUUAACCUCAAUGACAUGAAGUUAUUUAUA